CGAGACCUCAAUAGUAACACCGUAUCCCUCACAUGCUCAACGGGAGAGGGAACCGUGUAGGAUCGCGUCGCUGCUCUGCGCUCAUUUCGACAAGCCUCCUAAUGUAGACUAACAUUUGGAACGAUAGAAAUUCCACUAAAAGACCACGGUUGUACAAACAAGCAACACGGCGUUUAACGGUAGCGGUAAACUAGCCUAUCGAUAUGCUCGGUUUAGAGACUCUUGGCCUACUAACCUGAAAACAUGUUCUGUACUCCAGAUCUUCAUCUUUCCGUUUUCUCUGUCCUUCUCCUUAUAGGAGGAGAAAUAUGUUAGAAAUAUCGGUUCGUUACAGGCCCAUUUUCUACCGGGACAUAUCCACGAUCAUCACAAAUAAAAGAGGUCGUUUCGUUACGACUCAACUAGGUCGGGUAACUCAGAUACUGGCCUGCAAAGAUGGAGCUCACCACACAUCUGAUAAAUGAUACCAUUAAUUUAUAUAAAUGGGCCCUUACCAUCGCAGACAAGCGAGUGGAGAAAUGGCCCCUGAUGGACAACCCACUCCCAACGUUGGCCAUCAGUUCCUCCUACCUGCUGUUCCUGUGGCUGGGGCCCAAGUACAUGGAGAACAGAGAACCCUUCCAGCUCAAGAAGACACUCAUCUUCUAUAACUUCAGCAUGGUCAUCUUCAACUUCUUCAUCUGCAAAGAGCUCUUCCUGGCGGCUCGGUCGGCCGGAUACAGCUACAUCUGCCAGUCUGUUGACUACUCAGACGACCCCAAUGAAGUCCGGAUAGCAGCAGCGUUGUGGUGGUAUUUCGUCUCUAAAGGAGUAGAGUACCUGGACACGGUGUUCUUCAUCCUGAGGAAGAAGUUUAACCAGGUCAGCUUCCUACACGUCUACCACCACUGCUCCAUGUUCACCCUCUGGUGGAUCGGCAUCAAGUGGGUCGCUGGAGGACAGUCAUUCUUUGGUGCACACAUGAACGCAGCCAUCCAUGUCCUGAUGUAUCUGUACUAUGGGCUGGCCUCCUUUGGACCCAAGAUCCAGAAGUACCUGUGGUGGAAGAAGUACCUGACUGUCAUCCAGAUGGUCCAGUUCCAUGUUACCAUCGGCCACACUGCUCUGUCCCUCUACAUGGACUGUGAGUUUCCCCACUGGAUGCACUAUGCCCUUAUCUGCUACGCCCUCACCUUCAUCGCCCUGUUCGGUAACUUCUACUACCAGACGUAUCGCCGCACGCCGCGCCAACCCAGGGAGCCCAAGGCCGCCAAGGCUCUGUCUAACAACUGGGUCUCCAACGGGCUGUCCAAGGGACUGGGGAACGGAGCGGGGGUGGUGGUGGUGGGGGGCAAGGUGGAGGCAAAGGAGAGGUCGUCGGGGGUGGACAACGGGAAUGGAAGGAGAAAGAGGAAGGGGAGGGCCAAGAGGGAUUAGACGGAGGGGAGGGGUGUAGGGCUGAAGGAGGCUGGCACUAACAAGCCUUGCUGUUUGAUCUUAUUAUACCUCCCACAUAGCACCCUAUUCCCUAUACAGCACAUGACUUGUAGGUGAAGGUGUGGUAAGAGGCAAGGCUGGAGUCAAUUCCAUUUCAAUUCAGUCAAUCUGUGACAUUCAAAAUUUACAAUUUUCCUCAUGGGCUUUGAUUGGGGAAAAUUUGAAUUUCAGUUAACUUUCUGCGUUUGGCUGAAUUGAAAGGGAAAUAACCCCAACCCUGGCAAGAGGUCGCGACGUGUCCAAGGUGACCGUCAUUACAACUAAUCCAACUUUCAGUAGUUUCUGGUCUGGAAAACAAUAACAUCAACAUGUUCUCUCUCUGUACUGCAGUGUUGAGGUUUGUAGCUAGCUAACCGACUGGGGUAUAGCUAGCUAACCCACUGGUUUGUAGCUAGCUAACCCACUGGUUUGUAGCUAGCUGACCGACUGGUUUGUAGCUAGCUGACCGACUGGUUUGUAGCUAGCUGACCGACUGGCUUGUAGCUAGCUAACUCACUGGUUUGUAGCUAGCUGAUUUAAUGGUGUUUAGUUAGCUGAUUCACUGGUGUUUAGCUAACUAACCCACUGGUUUGUAGCUAGCUAACUCGUUGAUUCACUAGUUUGUAGCUAGCUGAUUCAUUGGUGUGUAGCUAGCCGAUUCCCUGGUUUGUAGCUAGCUAACCCAUUGGUUUGUAGCUAGCUAACCCACUGGUUUGUAGCUAGCUAACCCACUGGUUUGUAGCUAGCUAACCCACUGGUUUGUAGCUAGCUGAUUCACUGGGGUGUAGCUAGCUAACCCACUGGUGUGUAGCUAGCUAACCCACUGGUUUGUAGCUAGCUAACCCACUGGUUUGUAGCUAGCUAACCCACUGGUUUGUAGCUAGCUAACCCACUGGUUUGUAGCUAGCUGAUUCACUGGGGUGUAGCUAGCUAACCCACUGGUUUGUAGCUAGCUAACCCACUGGUUUGUAGCUAGCUGAUUCACUGGGGUGUAGCUAGCUAACCCACUGGUUUGUAGUUAGCUAACCCACUGGUUUGUAGCUAGCUGAUUCACUGGUGUGUAGUUAGCUAACCCACUGGUUUGUAGCUAGCUGAUUCACUGGUGUGUAGUUAGCUAACCCACUGGUUUGUAGCUAGCUAACCCACUGGUUUGUAGCUAGCUGAUUCACUGGUGUGUAGCUAGCUAACCCACUGGUAACAGUUACACUGCUAUCUAGAGACAGGAACACACCACACACACACACAUAGUUUAAACAUUCAUUGUGUACGUAUGCCUUUUAAAGAAUAUGACUUACUCAUACUGUCAUUUUUGUCCUUUGUCCAGAUUUGUUGAUUCAUAUUAUGUGAGGUAGGCCAUUGAAUUCUUCAGCCCACCCACACUGUUGCCAUAAGCAGAGAGAGAGAGAUAGAGAUCGGUCAGUUUACAUGCCCCAUACAUGAUGUAAUUGUUCAUUUUUCUCAAUAAGACAGACUCAGCUGUUGGCAAUCCUAGCCACAUGUUGAGAUUGCAUUAAAAAAAAAUGGAGCUCUUGAAAUGCAAGCUAAGCUUUAUCCAAUUACAACUUGGCCAGUUAGACUUGUUUACUUACUGUACAUGCUAAUAAAAAGCAUCACUCAUUAUUAUUAGAAGUGACAUUCAGUUAGAGACAGUGGAAUCUAGAAGUGACAUUCGGUUAGAGACAGCGGAAUCUAGAAGUGACAUUCGGUUAGAGACAGUGGAAUCUAGAAGUGACAUUCGGUUAGAGACCGUGGAAUCUAGAAGUGACAUUCGGUUAGAGACCGUGGAAUCUAGAAGUGACAUUCGGUUUGAGACAGUGGAAUCUAGAAGUGACAUUCGGUUUGAGACAUUGGAAUCUAGAAGUGACAUUCAGUUAGAGACAGUGGAAUCUAGAAGUGACAUUCAGUUAGAGACAGUGGAAUCUAGAAGUGACAUUCAGUUAUAGACAGUGGAAUCUAGAAGUGACAUUCAGUUAGAGACAGUGGAAUCUAGAAGUGACAUUCGGUUAGAGACCGUGGAAUCUAGAAGUGACAUUCGGUUUGAGACAUUGGAAUCUAGAAGUGACAUUCGGUUUGAGACAGUGAAAUCUAGAAGAGACAUUCAGUUAGAGACAGUGGAAUCUAGAAGUGACAUUCGGUUAGAGACAGUGGAAUCUAGAAGAGACAUUCAGUUAGAGACAGUGGAAUCUAGAAGUGACAUUCAGUUAGAGACAGUGGAAUCUAGAAGAGACAUUCAGUUAGAGACAGUGGAAUCUAGAAGUGACAUUCAGUUAGAGACAGUGGAAUCUAGAAGAGACAUUCAGUUAGAGACAGUGGAAUCUAGAAGUGACAUUCGGU